GGACAAGGACAGCUUGGAAAACCACAAACUGCCUGGAGGGACCUAACGCUGUGCAAUGGACUCUCAAAAUGUGGUUGUGGUCCAGCCCCAGUUUUCAAGUGCCCAAGUGCCAGGCCAGUGGCAGACUGGGCUGAUGGACUGCUGCUCCGACUGCGGCGUGUGUCUCUGCGGAUACUUCUGCUUCCCCUGCCUGGGGUGCCAGGUGGCCGGGGACAUGAAUGAAUGCUGCCUGUGCGGGCCCAGUGUGGCCAUGAGGACCCUCUACCGCACCAGAUACAACAUCCCGGGGUCCAUUUGCUCUGACUUCUGUAUCACC